AAGAAAAUACAAAUGAACCAAUCCCAAUGGAAACUAACCCAAUACAGAUAGACUUAUCAAUAAGUAAUAGUAAUAAUCUUGGUAAAAGCAAGGAUAGAUUAGUUCCUAUGGAAAUCCUCUCAGCUCAUACAAACAAUAUUAAGAAGA